GUGAUGGUUUGAUCUCAAACGGACCAGGAAGGGGAAGACCGAAGAAAGUGAUUUAAGGAAAAGAGGGGAAAACCCAAAAAACCCUAAAUCCUCCUCCUCCUCCUCAUUCUGUCGCUUCUCUCGGAGGAUAUGUGGAUGAACCAGUCCGACCGUCCAUGAGCUCCAAGCCGAGUGAAGUUGUGGAUUUACCGCAGAGUGUUUCUGUCCCGGCUGAAGGAUGGAGACUUUGGGAAGAGGAGCUUAACCUGUGGCAGACAAGAGGAUGCAUCUUAAAUAUGACAGAUUCGUCUGCUAAACACCACUCUGAGGGAACGUCAAGGUCUUAAAGCGACAGUGACUGACAGACCGCUGAGAGAAAAGAGUAUUUACCCCAGGAGAGGACUUGAUAACACUACCACACAAAUGUGGACCUCCACAAAACAUUGUCAUCAAAUAAUCUGAACAACAAAGCAAACACAACAGAUAGAACACAAAUCAUUUUGUAGCCAUGUCUGACCAUAAAGACAUGACACAUCGCCACCUGCGGCACAAGCUGCAGAGCCUCGGCCGAAGACUGGAUGAACUGGAAGAAGCAACCAACAAGCUGCAGAAGUCUGAGGAUGAGCUACUUGACUUGCAGGACAAAGUCAUCCAGGGAGAAGGCAGCAACUCCUCCCUGCUGGGAGAUGUGGAGGACCUUAGGAAACGUCUUCUGAAGAUCCAGGGUAAGGAUGAGGAGGUACGCAAAGCUGAGGAUCUCUGCCGCACAGUCAGAGAGAAACUGGAAGAAGAGGAAAGCCUGACAAAAGAGCUAAAGGCCGAGACUGAACGUCUACAACGUAGGAUGGCAGAACUGGAGAAACUGGAAGAAGCUUUUGGGAAAAGCAAGUCUGACUGCAGCCAGCUCUGCCUGAGCCUGAAUGAGGAAAAGAACUUGACCAAGAAGCUCUCGUCUGAGUUGGAGGCCCUUAAAGCACGUCUGAAGGAGGUGGAGGGCUCUGAGACAAAGCUGGAGAGAGCAGAGGAGGCUCUGGCUAUGGAUCUGGAGAAACUCAAAGGAUUCACCCAGACCUUUAUGAGUGAGCGUAAGAGGCUACUAGAGAAACAGAGGGAGGAUGAGAAGAUCAUUCUGAAGCUGACAGAAAAAUUGGAGCAGCAGAAGAAUUGCCUUGGCCUGUCUGCAGACCCUGGUCGUGCAGAUUUCAUGAGGUCACGAAUUGAGGAUGAGCUUUCAUCCACAGGGCUCCUCACGAGUAAACUGGCUGGACGCAAGAAGAGCCUUGAGUACUUGAAGCUGGCUGAUGACAACAUCGGUCUUGUGAACAAAUCUGAGAAUGAGAAGAACAGCGGUCUUGAAGGCUCGCAGGAUGAGGACAACAAAGUAAAGGAGCUGACACAGGAAGUAGAGAGACUGAAGAACCGCCUUAAACAGCUGGAGAUAGUGGAGGAGGAUCUAAAGAACUCAGAGUCCAAAAAUGGCGAACUUCACGAGAAGUACCAGAUGGAACGAAACCGUACUCGCCAACUGAACGAGCAGGUGGAACAGCUUAGGACCCAGCUGUGCGGAAAAGGUGGAAUUGGAAGAAAUGGAACCAGUAAUGUGGAUAAACAUGGCAAUGGUGGCACCAACAUUAGCCCCAACAGCCCUGCUAAAGUCCUGGAGAAUGGCAAAGCCGAGAAUGAGGAGAUUAUUGUGACGGGAGGUUUCAGACAAGAGAAACCCAAAUAUAGGAGCGCUGCAACUGUCUCUGAGCCGAGUUCCCCCAAACACAGGAACAGGGAGCUCUCUCCUCAGCAUAAGAAAGAGACCAAGCUGAGGAGCAAAGAUCCGAGCCACUCAGAGGAGAGCUCUCCUAAGGCUGUGAGGAGAGCCCUGAGUCCCGCGCACAAGAGUAGAAGGACACCCAAAACUCCAGCUACUGCGAUUUCUUCUGAUAAUGGAAUAAGAGACACAAGACGAGGCGCUGAGGAGAAGAAGAGAGGAGCCACUUCCUGCUCUGUAAACGCAUCCUCUAGUGAUAUUAAGAAAGCGCCUGUUCUUAGCCGCUACCCUCCAGCAGCUAAUGACCAGAAGCCUCUGAGAACGGCUCACAAACAGACCGAUGGGGAGAAUAAAAAGUUUUCAAAGCUGUACGUAGGCAGUGAUAGUGAAUCAAACAACUCUGAUGUAGUGCCUGAAAGUUCCAGUACCAUCAACAGUAUCUCUGCUUUAGAGAAGGACACAGUGUCUGCCUCGGAUCAGGAAUCAACAGACCAAGUCCAGGAAUUUGUCUCUGUAUCUGUGGCCCCUACCCUGUCCAAAGCCAAUGGAGCCUACGAAGCCUUCAGAUCCCAGGUCACUCCACUGUUGCCCAACGACCAGGGGUCAGAAGGUCAUUCAUCUGCCUCCGAAACAGAAUCUACUGGUUCAAGGCCCUCUGAACCGGAGCCUGUAACUGAGAUAACUACUUCAACUGUGAGCAGUAGGACAGCAACCUCCAGAUAUCCUAGAUACUCCCGUGUCCAUGACUCGUAUUCAGAGGGUUCUUCUUCCAGGAGCUCGUUUGAUGAAGAGCUCCACAACAGAACACUUUUUGCCGAGGGAGGCCACCAUGGGCCCACGCAUACUGCAACGGGGCUCGAGAUCCAGCGAGUGUGCAGCCCACGCGAGGCUCUGAGGUCAAAAGCUGUCAUCAAGCCUGCGAUCGUCGAGAUCGACAGGAAGGAAGUGAUGAUUUCAGAACCUUUGUCUACAAAUGGCAAACCCAAAAUCUCCACCAAACCUGUCGUGACCACCACUAGUAAAAUGACCAGUAGCAUAACCAUCUACCCGAAUGACCCAAGCUCCUCCAGAACCAGCAGUCGCAGCAGCAGUGUGUCCAGUGAGCACAUGCCGAUCAAAGAACGUCACACCUCCACCAGUAACAUCCUCAUAGGCCCCAGCAGCGAGCACCAUUGCAGCAUCUCCGUUCCAUAUGAGAUCUCAAUUCCCAAAAGUGAUAUCACCUUGCGGUCGUGCCAAGACGAGGACUGUACGGUGGACGACCACAGUGAAUCUUCAUCAAGGUCCAAACACCACAACACCUCCAGAGUGGAGACCACCACCAGCCACCUGUGCUGCCAACGCAGCAACUUCAGCCUCCAGUCCCCGGACGUCACCUCUGCAGACUUCAACGACACAGAGUCAGGCUUCGAAAGCAGCAGCAGCACCACCACGGUCACCAGCUGGAGACACCAAAGCCAGCUGUCCCAAGCAGACAGUUUACCAGACACGAAGAACGUUACUGUGAGAAGCACCUGGAAGAACCGGGGCGCUGCGCCAGCGGAUGAGACGGGCCAAGGAAGAGGAGGUGCAAGAACGACAACUGAUGUGGGGUCUGAGGAUGAAGCAGAGGUCGCGACAACAUGGAGGGCUUACCGGGCAACCACCUUUGAUACAGAAGAUACAAUAAACAGCGGAACAGGAGCUGCUGGGAAUGCUGAGGCCCAGAGGGGAGCCAAGCCGUCCCCUGCAGAGGUGUACAUGCGUCGGAUAAACAAUGUGGUCACCAAUACCAGAGAGCUCGAGGACCCCGGGCUUCGCAGAGGCAAACACUCGCAGUCUCCCUCCAUGGAAGCAAGAGGUCUGGGAAGAACCGUACCCCACGCACCUGUUACCUCUCAGUCCUGGGGCCGAUCCUACACACAACAACCACAGGCUGCUGAUAGCGCAGAGCCCAGUCCAAACCCGAGCCACAGUCCAGCCUCCUGGAGGCGGCAGAUACCCAGCAGAGACUCUCAUCACCUGGGGAGCUCUUAUGACCGAGCGUCCAAGACGGCAGGGGCCUCCUCCAGAGGGGACCUGUGGUCCGGUCGGGGUCAAGGGUCAGGGGCCAGAGCUGAGGCGAGGAGCGGAGCCGGGAGCACACCAUGGAAUCCUCGUCACUCUGAGCAUCAUUAGACCGGCUGGGGUCUUAGCAGAACUUCUACAGCAAGAGGACAGCACUCCAUUAAGCCCUCAAGGACGGCCAAACAUCAGUCUCGCAUCAACUAAUGGCUUCCAUCUCCAAAACCCAACAUCUACAGCUUUUACAGCAAAGAAAAAAAAAAACUUGCAGUUGCAGCCACAUAGUACAACAAACCACAGACCUGACAUCCUUACUCUGACCCUCAGUGUGUGCUGAGCCUCAAACAGCUCAUCCUAUCUGGAACUUCCUCUAACCCAAAAGAGGCAUAAAUGGAAAGACAGUGCCUGUACAGUGUUUUGGAAGUCGCUUCACCAGCCCAUGUAUCCUCUUCUGCUUCUCAUGUUGGAUGUAUUAUAGUGUAAUCCCGAAACUUGACAAGGGAGAGGCUGGCAUGUUGUGGACGGCUGGGGAUUUUUCCUGCUUUCCAGAGAGGGUUUAAAGAGAGUUAUAGGAAGAAGGACUCAAACGUUGAGAAUACCUUUCUCAUAGGACCAUUACAGUGACCUCAAUUGAGCUGGAUAUAUCGCUUCUGCAUCAGAAUUUCACUGAAAAAAACAACAACCCAAUCAGCAGUACAAUGUUUAAGAUGCGUCUUCAUCUCACAGGGCUGGAUCUUCAUGUAGAGUUCAGAUAUAACUUUUUAAUGUGACCAAAAACAGGAAGCGAAUUAUUGUCUUUGCUGACUCCAUAUGUGCGUCUUCUGAUUUUCUCACACAUAAUUAUACACAAAACCAUACAAACACAUGCACAUUUUUUAUUUUUGGCUUGUUUUUAACCCACGUCCCCACUUUCUGGCCUCAAACUGGAUUUCAUUUGGGGUCUUAGAUGUUGAAUGAACAUUCGCAUGUUUCUAAGUAAUAAAUGAAGAGCACUUGAAAGAUUGUGGCUCAGCAUGUACUCUAAGCCUAAAAUAUUGCUGGUUGGCUGCAUUUAAGGAGCGCACACACACAUACACAUGAAUUCUGACAAUCCGGGACCUUAUUUAUGCUUUUUUGCCAUUUCCACCAGUUAUUUAGAUUCUUUGUAAUUCGCUUCCUGUUCUACGUUAUCCUUUCCCUUUCUGCU